AUGGCUACCUUCUACUCAUCCAAGACGGACAAUAAUGCCUUGGCAUAUGUGGAUGGCAGAGUAUUCACUAUGAAUGACCAUCACCCAUGGGCGGAGGCUUUUAUCGUGUCUCCCUCGGGCGUUUUCGAAGCUGUUGGCACUACAGAGUACAUCAAGACAAUUGCAAGCAGGCGCGGCCUCAUUAUUUGCUCCUUGGGCGACCGUUUUGUUAUGCCGGGCAUUCACGAUGGUCAUACCCACUUGCUUUUCGCCGGCUACACUAGCCUUUACCAUACAGAAAUUGGUCGGACCGCGAAUGCGAACACUAUCGCCAAUCUGCUCGAGAAGAGUCACUGCCUCUGCAAGUAUACCAAUGUAAUGGGAGAAUGGAUCAUUGGAAACUACUACGUCUCCAACCUUUUCCCAGACGGUCUUGCAGAUAGGAGAUACCUUGACGUUGCAUAUCCCGAUAAACCGGUUCUUGUCCGUGAGAUCAGCGGCCACAAAGUCCUGGUGAAUUCUGCUGGACUUCGAUACCUCGGGCUAGACCCAAACACCGCCGUCGAACCAGAAGGGGGUGUAUACUCUCGCCGUCCCGAUGGAUCCAUGACGGGGGAGUUGAAGGAAGUGGCAACAGGGGUUGCAUGGCUAAACAUGCCUGUCCCUCCACUGUCUGCCGUCAAGAAGGCCAUGGUUCACAGUAUCAAGACAUGCCAUAUGUACGGAAUCACAUCUGUACAGGAAGCUUCUGCCAAUACCCUUUACCUUCACGCGCUACGGGAGCUGGAAGACGACAACGAACUCAACCUCGACAUCUGCACCCAUAUUGUGUGCAAGAACGAAUUUUUUCCGAGCGAAAGCAACGCUAGCCUGGAGGCUCUUUUGGAUGUUUCCGAAGCUUUCAAGAGCAAGCAUGUUGACACGCGAUAUGUCAAGUUUUGGCUAGAUGGGUCUCCUCUUGAGCCUGGCUCUACCCACUCCUGCCUAGGGCUGGACGGCGAACCUGACAGACGCAUGCUUCUCCUUGACGAUGAGACUUUGUUGGCUGCAGUCAAGAAGUACGAUGGUAGAGGGAUGACCGUGAAGAUGCAUGCAGCCGGUGAAGGCAGCAUAAGGCAAGCGUUGAAUGUGUACGAGGCUGUUAGGAAAGAAAAUCCCAACGGGCCUCGACACGAAGUUGCUCAUUCCAAUGCAAUACAUCCUGAUGACUUCGCCCGAUUGGCGUCUCUUCGAGUGACUGCAGAGAUGUCUCCUUCUGUGUUUGAUCAGGUAGACGAGUUGGCAGCAGAUGUACUCCGUUUCGAGUUCAACCAGGUCCACAAGGCAGGAGGGUUGUGUACGUUUGGGACUGAUUGGCCGGUAACGGAGAAUCCAAAUCUCCUCCAGCCUUUAGCAGCACUUCUUGACAAGGUCACUGUCGACCCUGUGCCGCUGGCAAAACAGUUGAAAACACAAAAGGAGUUUGCUGCGAGGGUUAUCUGCCGAGCUAUCACACUGGGUGCUGCAGAGAACCUAGAUAAAGGAACGGAGACGGGAAGCAUUGAGACCGGGAAGAAAGCCAACUUCAUAAUGGUCAAUCAAGACCUGAGCAAGGGAGAAUUCUCGGGGGCCAUUGUGCAAAAGACAUGGUUCGAGGGACGUUUGGUAUGGGACAUUGACGGUGAAUUCAAGGUGUCAAUUUGA